AGGAGUAUGAAGAGUGUUUCCCACACAUCAGGACAUUGACUUUGUGCCACUGAGUGCACUGGUGGAACCAGAGUGCGCCACUGCCUCCUUCAGCCAUCCCAGCACAGUAUGUGAGGGAUUGUUGGCAAUGCCAUUGCUUAGUUAAUGUCCCAACAACCCAAACCUCUUCAAGCAAGUAUUUUUGGUAGUACCCAGAGCAGAUGCUGUGCUUGUAAGACUGGUGAUUCUCAUCUACAGAGCAGUACCCAGCAACCACAGGUGUCCUGUUUUUGUUGACUGUGACAAGAGCAGCUUUGGAGGUGUGUUUACAAUGAGUGCAAAUGCAGAGCGAAGGUUUGUUAAUCUCAGGAAACGUCUGAAUCAGCUGGGCUAUCGGCACCCCCUGGGAGUGGACAGCUUACCUUUGGUGGAAAAGCUUUUCAGUGACUUAAUUCAUACAACUGAGAGCUUGCGCAAGGCAAAGUUUUCUUCUGGGAAAACUGAGAAAGAGUGCAGCAAUUAUGAUACUGUUUUGGAACCUUAUAAAACAGAGAAUGCUAGACUUACCAGGGAAAAUAAUGAUCUACACUUAGAAAUAUUAAAACUGAAAGAGAAGUCUGAUCGCCAUGUUAAAGAUUUGAAAGCUUGCUUAAGGAGGGUUGAACACGAAACAACUGACUUGAAAUUUUUGAAUAACCAGUAUAUGCAUAAAAUUAAAGUGCUGGAAAAAGAGACCAAAGCCAAGACUGAAAAAAUUCAACAGCUUCAGGAGAAGAAUCUGCAAGCAGUGGUGCAAACACCUGGUGGCAGGAGGAAGAGCAUUCCCUUCAGGCGGCAGCGCAUGCAGAUAGACCAGCUUGUGCCCCCAUCAGGUGUCAGUGCCUACCCAGUGCCUCAGCCAGAGGACCCUUACGUUGCAGACCUGCUCCAGGUGGCUGAUAAUCGAAUUCAAGAACUGCAGUCAGAAGUAACAGAGCUACAGGAAAAACUGGAGACAUCUGAAAGUGGAAUGAAAAAUUAUAGCAAACAGGUUGAGAUAAGAGACAAAGAAAUCGAGCGCUUGAUGCUGGCAUUGGAUGGAGGGCGUUCUCAUGAGGUUCUCUCUCUGGAAUCGAGAACUAAAAGUAAUGAGAAGCUUAUUUCCCACUUGAAUAUACAGGUUGAUUAUCUACAGAAAAAAAACAAAGAACUUGAAAAUCACAUUCAAGAUCUCUUGGACACUAAACAAAAUGUGACUAGUGAGGUAGUGGAUUUAAGCAAUAAAAAUCAAGAACUGUGUCAAGAAUUGAAUGAAAUAGAUCACUUGGCACAGCAGUUGGAAAGACACAAAGAAAUAGUGCUUGAGACUGCAGAUAAGGAAAUAGGAGAAGCAAAGAAAGAAAUUGAAAGAAAAGUCAGUGAAAUACAGGAUCUACAAGAAACAAUAACAAGGCUUAAAUCAGAGUUGUGCUCAUGUCACAAGGAGAAUGAGAGGCUGAAUGAAGAACUCUUUGGGAAAAAAGAUGAAAAAGGGCGUCUUGAGCUGUUGUUAAACCAGCUUCAACAAGAGAAGGAAAGACUGACAGAAAAAACAGAGAAUUUAGAAAGAAAAGAACGAGAACUUGUUCUAGAAAUUGAAAGAAUGAGAUUGGACUUUGGUAUUGCCCUAGGGGACAAAUCUCCAUCUCGUCUGGAUGCAUUUGUAAAGACCUUAGAAGAUGACAGAGACUACUAUAAGCGAGAAUUAGACUAUCUUCAGAAAAUAGUUAAACUGAGGCCUAGCCCAAGCCGCAGGACUGCAGAGAAGAGCGAAGAGCUUAAAUCAAUCACCAGAGAAAGAGAUGAGCUGCGGUCUGUGUUAGACAGAUUUGAAAAACACAUGAUAGAAAUUCAGUCCAAUGUCAAAUUAUUGACUUCAGAGAGAGACAGAUUAAAAGUUCUUUAUGAGCAGUCUCAGAGUGAAUUGAACAGGAUGAGAAGAGAAGCAAAACACAGUUUUGUUUCUCAAAGUCAUAUAGAAGAAGAAAGAGACAUUGCACUGACUGACUCUAGAAUGCUAAGGGCAGAAAAGGAAAGUCUUGGAGAAAGAUUAAAGAUGCAUCAAGAAGCAGCAUACCAUGAAAAAUCAAAGCUGCAGCAUGAUAUUUCAGAAUUGGAGAAUAAUAUUCAAGGACUUCAGAUUGAAAAGUGUAAACUAAGGACUACAGUCUCUAUCCUGAAAGAAAGAAUAAACUAUUUGGAAAAUGAAUUAAGUAUGAAGUCAAGUAAACUUGCCCAGACUUCUGAUGAUUCUUCUCAAUUUAAAGCUGAGAUUUGCUCACUUCAGCUCUUAAAUGACCAACAGCAGAAGUCUGUUGAAGAUUUACAGUGCAGAUUGUCCCUCAAAAAGGAUGAACUACUGGCAGCUCAAGAUGAAAUUAUAAAGCUGAAAGAGAUAGUAGAUAGGUUAAACCAGAGGAGCACUUCACAGGAAGAAGCAGUCAGUGUGCUGAGAAGUACCAUUAGUGUUUUGGACAAAGAAAAGGACAGUCUUCAAGAAACCGUAGAUGAAAAAACAGAAAGAAUUGCAUGCUUAGAUGACAACUUAGCUAACAGGGAAAAAACAAUUGCACAUUUACGUUUAACUGUCUCUGAGCUGGAGUCCUCAACAGACCAGAUGCAGGACAAGCUGAGCAACAGAGACCGUGAGAUAGCCAGCUUGCACCGCCAGCUCGAUACAUCCCAGCUAGAGCUUGCAGAAAUGGGAAGAGUGAAGGAAAUGGCUCUGAAGGAAAACAGGCGACUGCAAGAUGACCUGGCUACAAUGGCCAGAGAAAACCAGGCUAUCAGUACUGAGCUUGAAGAUGCAAUACGUGAAAAAGAAGAAAUGAAAACCAGGGUUCACAGUUAUAUAACUGAAGUCUCCAGAUUUGAGAACUUGAUAGCUUCAAAGGAAAAAGAAAACCAAGAAUUGUUAGAGAAGUUCCGGAUGCUGCAUAGCCAAGCUGAAGGCUGGGAAAUGAAGGCUCACCAAGCUGAAGGAGAAAGCAGCUCCGUGCGACUGGAACUCCUUUCGGUAGAUACAGAUCGGAGACAUCUUCGAGAGAGAGUAGAGUUUCUGGAAAAAGAGAUUCAAGGGCAUAUUGUUGCACAUCAAGUAUAUGAAUCUCAGAUCUCCUCCAUAACCAAAAAUAUGUCCAGAUUGGAAGAGGAUCUUAAACGUGAAAAUCAGGAUAAGGCAUCUGUGUUGGCAGACCUCACUUCUGUGAGAGAACUCUGUGUGAAACUUGAGGCUAGCAAAGAACUUUUAGCUCGACAGCUGACAUCCAAAAGCAUGGAUUAUGAGAGGGUUCUAGGAGAAUUAGAAGAUACAAAAUCAGAAGGAGAGUUGCUGAAAAAGCAGCUGUCCAGUGAGAGACUUACAGUUCAGAAUCUUGAAACGUUAUUGGCUACUAGUAGAGACAAAGAAUUUCAGAAUCAAUUAACGUCCCAAGACAAAGAUACCGAAAUUCAGUUACUGAAAGACAAGCUGACCCUGGCCGAGAGCAAACUAAGCAGCAAUAAUAGAGAGGUUUCCAUGCUUCGAAGUAAAGUUGCACAGAUGCAGACUGACACUGAUGUUUUAAAAAGGAAACUGACAACUGAGCGAUUUGAACGGGAGCGCGCGAUCCAGGAGAUGCGCCGGCACGGGCUGAGCACGUCCUCGCUGCGCGCCUCGCCCCCGCUCAGCUCCACGCUCAGCUCCACGCUCAGGUCCCCCGCGCACUCCCCGGAGCGCGGCGCCGCCAGGACAGCUGAGCACGCAGCAGCUGAAAAAAAUGUGACCAUCAAGGAAUAACCAGUACUUGAGUAGCUGAAGCAUUACCUUGUUACAAGGACUUUUUAAAUAUAAAUUAUGAAUACUUGUAUUUUACCUCUGUUUACUUCAAAUCACUGAUUACCUUUGAAACCUCUGAGAACGGGUGAAGUAAUCAACUUUGCAAAAUUCUGCUUUCACAACUGGCAGGAGUGACUGACUUUUUCUGGCUGUUUGACAGGUUUUGUAUCAAACCUGGCUAAGUUUUCUUACUUUUUUUGGAAACAUAAUAAUUUAAAGAAGGAAAUGAGUAAUGAUUUGACAAUCUCUUGUUUUCAUUUUUCUAUUUUAUUUGUUUGCUUAUGUCAUAAGAUUGGAGAAGUUUAUUCAUCUUAAUGUGUGCUAACAUAGAAUAACAUCCCCAACUGUGUUAAAAAUGCUGAGCCAGUGUAUGUUUUCUACUCAUGAUGAUUUCCUAUGUUUGGGUUUCUAACAAGUGUUUUCUGUUUUCAGGUUUUUCUUAAUGGUAUUUAAAAGUAUCAAUUACCUAUUUUGUGAAUGUGUUUUGUUUACUGUACCUUUUCUUAAUAAAAAAUAUAUAUCAGUUAUUCUUUA